UCCAUGCGUGUGUGACGUAACUCUAUAAAAGAGUGCGCAGUGAAGACGCCGCCGCUAUAUCGUUUCCGCUCGCCACGCUCGGCCAUAGCGUCCCAAACACCGGCACAGAAGGACGCGGGCGGAACUCUUCCGCUAGAGCCCACACGGACUCAUCAGUGACAGUUCAACAAAAGAUACGAGAUGAGGUCGUUGUUCUUGUUAGCGGCUUUGUGCUGCCUAGUGUUGUCGGUAUGCGGGAGCCCUAUUGCCCGGCCGGAGGAGGACAAGGAGGUGAGCAGGCAGGCCGCAGCCGCAGCCCCCGCGGCGCCCGCAGCAGCAGCUGAUGACGAUGAUGACGACGACGACGAUGAUGACGAUGAUGAAGACGUCGACCUCGAUGAUUUGGGAGGUGACGAUGAUGAUGAUGACGACGACGAUGAUGAUGACGACGAUGAAGAAUCUGACGAUGAUGAAGACGAUGACUACCUGGAAAGGUUCUUCGAUGACAUCUUAGGAGGAGAAGAAGAUGAUGACGAUGACGAGCCUGCGGCUGUACAGCCGGUCGUCGCAGCCGCCGACACAGUCGCGGCCGCCCCCGCUGCACCUGUAGCUGCUGCGUCAUCAGUCGAGGAAGUAGCAGCCGCCAGUGAAGAGGCGGCUGAGGGUGAAGCCGAAGCUGUGGAGGGCGAAGAGGGUGCAAUCGCCCAGAAGGAGCCCGCUAGCGCCGAGGUGGAGACUCCUACCACUAGCGCUGAAGUAGCCGCCGAACCUGAGAACGAAGAGGAUGAUGAUGACGAUGAUGACAUCGGCAUCGACACCGUCGCCGAGGAUGACGAUGAUGAUGAUGAUGACGAUGACGAGGCUGAAGACGACGAUGACGAUGACGAUGAUGACAUCACGGACGCCCUUGGCAGGAACGUCUCUAAGAACGCACGCGCUCUGAGUGACGAGACAACAGACAAGCCAGCAAGUGUACCAGCUAUCUACAUCGUUAAGUACAACAGAUUCGUAGACUUUAUUCUGCAGAAGAUGAACGAUAUUCUGAGGGUGUCAUACGAUCCCGUCAGCGUCAAACUACAGCCCAUCGACGCCAAAAAGAAGAACUCAAAGCCAAAGAAGAGCAACAAGACUAAACCAAAAAGGAAAAGCUCAAACAAGAAAAAGAAUACAGCACGAGGCAGCGAGACAAACACUACCCAAGAGAAAACAGUCUCGGAAAUCCCAGAAACUGUUAAAGAGAUGACUCAGGCCAACGAAGUGGUUGGUGAACAGACGCCUAUUGCGGCUGAAUCUAGAGCUGUUAAAGAUAAAGGUUCUGAGAAAGCUAAACCUACACCUGUAAGGAAGCCAGUCACUAAGCCUUCUAACAAGCCAGUUACGAAACCUCCUACUAAAGCGACUAAACCGAAGCCUAAACCAACGAAGACGACUACUAAGAAGCCAACUACUAACAAGAAUAAGACUAAGAGUUCUUCGAAGAGCAAACCUAGGGCUAAGGGAACGUUGUACGGCUUGUCAUCUUUGAGGAGAACUGGUGAUGUGUCAGUCCAAAUGAAAUCUCCAGAAAUCACUGUCAAUUGCAACUUUGCUAUUGGUCCGCUGAUACUGAGAGUUCAAAAGGAGGUUAACAAUGGAGCCAAGAAAGACAUUAGAUCAGCAACAGCGACCACAGCUGAGAUGAAUGGCAAGUUAGUUCUGAAGAUCAACUCACAGGGCGUCGCCACAUUGCAUAGCAUCAAAGUACUUCAGCCUAAACAGGUUCGCGUCGACAGCAACAAUGAACGUACUCGGAAGCUCAUUUGGCGGCGCAGCGGCAGAAUAGCCGACGUCGUCUCUGAAACGCUACUCUCUGCUUCUAAGCGGGUGUAGAGAAAAAUAUAGCAUUAAGAGGGGUCUAGGUGAUGGUUCAGACAUUGCAUUUAAAAAGCCGACUUCUCAGACGCGAAUUUUUAAUUCAAUAGUGUAAUUUGGAUCUAGCGAACAUUUUGUUCAGCUAUUCUAACUGUUAAGACACGCCUUUGAAUUGUCGGUUUGCGUUCGACUGAUAUAGACGAUAUUUUUAAUUUAAUUUGCGUCUUUAUAUUAUGGGCUUUAGAGUAUAUUUUCAGUCGUAAGACUUAUGAUACUCAUUAUUUUUAGCAAAUAGUCAGACAAUGCAUUUACUACGUUGUAACUUAAUGGUGCUAAGAUUAUAGAAAAUAUGGAGAAUUUUAUUCGAUGUAUGUAUAUUAUUUAUUUUUUAAAUAAAUACUUUUGUAAUAAAAAA